ACCCAUUAGCAGUAACUCCCUGUUUUCCCCCUAAGCUUCUCCAACUCUUGUUUGUUGUUAGCUGCCGUUGGAGUCAGCCCUCAGCUCAUAGGGAUUCCAUCCACAAGGGCAUCAGACAGCUGUGACCCAUAGGGUGUUUAUUGCCUGUUUUCACAAGUAGAUCACUAGACUUUUCUUCCUAGUCUAUCUUAGUCUGGAUGCUCCGCUGUAACUUGUUCAGCAUCAUAGCAACACACAAGCCUCCAUUGAUAGACAGGUGGUGGCUGAAUAUGAACAUGAAGUGCAUUAUCUGGGACUCAAACCCAGGUCUCCUGCAUGGAAGCCGCCUGUCUUGGUUAGAUGGCUCUGGAUUAGGAUUCUCACUGGAAUACCCCGCCAUUAGUUUACAUGCUGUGUCCAGGGACCUAAAUGCUUAUCCGCGAGAACAUUUAUAUGUUAUGGUGAAUGCCAAAUUUGGAGAAGAAUCAAAAGAAUCCAUUGGUGAUGAAGAAGAGGAAGACAGUGAUGAUGAUGUUGAACCCGUUGCUGAAUUUAGAUUUGUGCCUAGUGAUAAAUCAGCAUUGGAAGCAAUGUUCACUGCAAUGUGUGAAUGCCAGGCUUUGCAUCCAGAUCCUGAGGAUGAAGAUUCAGAUGAUUACGAUGGAGAAGAGUAUGAUGUGGAAGCACAUGAACAAGGGCAGGGGGACAUCCCUACAUUUUAUACCUAUGAAGAAGGAUUAUCCCAUUUGACAGCAGAAGGCCAAGCCACAUUGGAGAGAUUAGAAGGAAUGCUUUCUCAGUCUGUGAGCAGCCAGUAUAACAUGGCUGGGGUCCGGACAGAAGAUUCAAUAAGAGAUUUUGAAGAUGGGAUGGAGGUAGAUACUACACCAGCAGUUGCUGGGCAGUUUGAGGAUGCAGAUGUUGAUCACUGAAAACGACUUUAAGAUUCUACCCGUUACUGUAGGAGAGAACUUGGUGCCUCUUAUACUGUGGAGUCGGGGUUGAUGAAAAUCUUUUUCCUUCUCCAGAACUCACCUGAACCAGUUCUUUCUUGGGACAGACUAUACUGUGACAGCAAG